AUGUUUCGCCGCGCGCUGUCGUCGGUAGUGGCGCAGGUUGGGGCGCAGACGCGCAGCGUGAGCGAGAAGGUCACGACGGGGCUGGUCGGGCUCAAGGUGGACCCCCUCGCGCGCGAGAAGAUCGUUCAGCGCGCGAGCCUCGUCCUGCGGUCCGUCGGGCACCUGCCCGAGGGCGCGGGUUUCCGCACGGACACGGAGGAGACGUUUUCGCGCAUCAGGGAUGUGUGUCAGAACAAGAAGCUGAACGACAGGCAGGUGGAGCAGACGCUGGGGCGGGGCAACCUGGAGCAGGUGCUGGCACAGUGCGAGGACCACUUGAAGCUGAUUCCGACCAUGCGGGAAGAGAAGCCCUGGGAGGUUCCAAAGGAUCACCUCCUGGAGGUCCGGUACUGGCGCGCGGACGAGCCUCCCGCGCCCCCAGUGCCCAAGUAG